CUAAACAGGAUGUCGCAGCUUACAUGACACUAUAUAAUAUGACCUUCAGUUCAUCACCUUCAACUUAUCUACAUAUCAGAUCUCUAUAAGUAAAUAAAUAUUAAAUUAAUGGGAGCAACAUCAAGGUGCUGUCGCUGGACCAUCAUAUGUUUCUUGUGCAUACUCAUCAAGUUCGCAUUUAUAUUUGUGGUAAGCAUAUUUUUCUCUUGGGUUAACGUGCGUACUGAGAAAUCCGGAGCUUCGUUUUACGUCGAGAAAUUUUACGUGCCGGCACUCAAUAGUACUGCUGGUGGUAACUACACGGUUGAUAACACGACGGCGAUCAACUUUGUUUUUAAUUUUUUUAAUAGACGUGAGCACAUAGGAAUAUACUAUGAUGAUCUCAACGUGACAUUUUAUUAUGGCCGUAACAAAAGUCUCGAAAUUGGGAGCCUCAAGUUGUCCGGGUUUCACCAGCAUGGAGAGGAAAAUUCUUACUCGAGGGGUUCAGUUGAAGUUAAGGGUGUGCCAUGGAACACGAUGGCUAGGAACGGGUCGAAGGUGGAUUUUCGGGUGGAUAUGGCGACUAAGGUGAGGUAUAGUGAGAUGUUUUUUAUGGGGAAGAGGAGGCGAGUUCGCGUUCGAGCUAUUGUGGAAGUUAAUGAUACUACUGGCCUUAAAAUCAAGAAGAAAUCUAUUAGGCUCAAGUCUGGUGCAACAAAGACUGGUUGGAGAGUGUCUGUUGCAUUUAGCCUGCUCAUGGUUUUGUUGUUCCAAAUGUAAUAUUUUAAACUUGUCGAUCUCUUGAUGAUUGUUAUUUGUUGUUAAUAUGUUGUUUUCUGUUGAUGAAACAUGCAUUUGCAAAGGAAUGCAAUGUAAAGUAUAAUAAUUUCACUCUUAGAUUGCUGCUUGGGUGCUAGUUUAUUUUCGUGAUAAUAAAA